CCGGGGGAAAGAAGAAGAAAUCAAGCGCUCGUUGUUUUUUCCGUUCUCCCCAUUCGGCGCCAAGGUUGCGUGAAAGUUGCUUGCGGCCGCGAAGCCGUCCAACGCGUUGCGGAAACGCGUCGGCCGCACGUAGGGCAGCUCGCGCGAGCGACCGGCCCCCGGGGACGGUAGUCACGGUCCCCUUGCGCCGCUUCACGGCGGCUUGGCCACUCCGACUCGGCGGACGAAGUUUGCGCCAACUCCAGGACAAAGUUGGAGCCGUCCUGGUGACUUUACACCUCACGUCCGGAUCCAAAUUUGCUCGGCUGUUUUUGCGGGAUCGGGCACACUUUUGAGAUCCGUUUCUCGGUCGCCAACUUCGAUCAUUUGUGGAUUUUGACAGACGCUCGGAACCGUCGUCUUCUUUUUUGGGGGGGCGGGGCGGCGGGGGGUUGUUUUUAGACAGGGCGAUGCGGUAGGACGAAGGCCGCGACGCCGUUCGGACCGGCGUUCAAAACGGUCGAGGCCUGCGGGUCGGGCUUCUAACGGUCUCGAAUAGAGCCAUCGGCCGCCGAGGAGGCUUCGCGGAUCGGCGCCGCCCGGCGCGAUGGAGCGGAUGGAAGUGGACCAGUGCGCAGGCGCAGCUGCGGGGGCUUUACGCAGGUCCAUCAGCGCCCCCAUGAUUACGAAUGUCAGCAAGAGGAUGGCCGCCUGCGCUCCCGUCGUCUUGCAGAGACAAAGGCGGGUGUCCAUCAACUGCGGCUGUCCGUCACAGGAGGACAACAUGGAGGCGUCGCUCCAGGAGUCGCCGCCUCCCAGACUCAGCGCUUCCCGCCAGCUCCCGGCCCCGCCCGGCGGCCAGUGGCAACGCCCGCCGCCAGCCCAGUGGUUCGGCCGGCAGGAAAGCGGCGCCACGCCAAACUCCUCGCCGAGUUCCGCCAGGAGAGCGUCCGGCGGCGCCCACGUCAGAUGGCCCGCCUUGGUGCCGCUCAAGCGAAAAGGAGGGGCGGAGUCAGACGGGCCCCCCAAGAAGCUUUUUGUGACCGGAGUGUUCGACCCCGCCCACCGCAGUCGAUACGUGCUCAGCGCCUCAGCCGCAGAGUCUGACCCCGGCUGCGGCCCUCCGUCGCCCCCGCCCACUUUCGCCGCUCUGCCGCCGCCGUAAGCCCGCCUCCGCCGCCUCGCAAGUCUUACCUCUUCUUCAAGCGCCGGCGUCCUGCCAUGAGGACGAUGUCACACGUGGGGAGGGACCGGGAAGGCGCAGCGCCGGAGCCAAAGCCGGAGGCGGCCACUUGACGCCGCGACGCUCGUUUCCGGCAAGGAUCGCCGGCUUCGAUCUUCGUCGGCGGUCGACGGAUGCCGCCGCUUUCAGUCGCGCCCGAGCGAGCGGACGCUCCCCGCAGCACUUUGCUUUUUUUUCUUACCGUGUACAGCAACACUCAAGGAGAAUUUUUUGGUUUUUCCCCACCAAUCAAACAUUGUGUAUCCCAAAAUGUUCUCACCCCCCCAAAAAAUGAUAUAUAUAUAUUUUUCUUUCUUCUUGUAAUAAGAGAAUAAAAUUCAUUUAUAUUUGUCAGAAAAAAAGUUGUCAUCUUUACAAGAACAAAGACGGAUUUUCUUGGGAUUCAAUGAGCUCAAGACUGAAAUGAUUUUGGGAGAUGGACUGGCAGCCAAAAGUUGAGCGCUGGAACAAGCACUUGAUUUUUCCAUCCGACACGCCUUUCGGAGCGGGGACGUCACUCGCCGUUUGUGGAAACCAUUGUGGCGCCCGCAUCAAAAGGCCUCUCGUCGGCCUCCCUUUGCCAAAGUCAAAAGUUC